AAAGGCAAAAGCAAGCGAACCAGAGAGUAGCGAAUGGUAGCAAUCUGAAACACUGUUGAUGAUGUAUAGUAACGAAGCGCAGCGGGCAUGAAGCGAACCGAAAGUGAUUGAAAACCGAACUCCAUAAACCACUGAUGUGAAUCGACACAAGUGAAAUCUGGAGAACUGGCAAGAACAGGUUGAAAGCUGAGGUCUUUGACGUUUGUAAAGCUAUUGAAAUCCAAUUAUGUCAUUAGAGACCAUACCCAAAGAUCUCAGAGGUUUACGAGCAUGCCUUGUAUGCUCUCUUAUUAAGACAUUUGACCAGUUUGAAUUCGAUGGUUGUGACAACUGUGAUGAAUUCUUACGAAUGAAAAAUAACCGAGACAAUGUUUAUGAUUGCACAAGCGCUAACUUUGAUGGAAUGAUUUCUGCAAUGAGUCCUGAAGAUAGCUGGGUGUGUAAAUGGCAAAGGAUAAAUCGCUUCACCAAAGGAGUGUAUGCUAUAUCUGUCUCGGGCCGUUUACCAACAAAUGUUGUUCGUGAAAUGAAGAGUAGAGGAAUCACAUACCGACCUCGUGACACCAGCCAACGAUGAAGGUGGAUUUGUGUGAACCAAAAACCAUAAAUGUAUGUGUAAAUAAUAAAGGUGAUUUUGCAGUUUUAAAUUCCAUUUGUUUUAUCAUCUAUUUUUAGCCUUAAAGUACUGAAGAAAACUAAUGAGGUGGAUCAUCUUGGUUUGGAAACAAAUUUUAUAUUUUGAGCUAAAGAAAUUGUUGCUGUAGGAACUCUCUCAAGCUGUCGCAUUCUAUAGCCUAAACUAGUUAAAAGAGUUACUAUUCAAAAUUAGAAAUUAAAUAGUGAAUCUGCAUACCUCCUCAACUUCCUUAAAAUAUAAACAUUUUUAUGUCAUAAAAUUUGACCUAAUUUUGAACCUGUUGAACAAAUUUCCAAAACUCGUGCCUGAAUAUGAAAGAAAAUAUGAUAGCAGAACAAAAGUGUAACAUAAAAUUGAAUUCUUAAUCUUAUUCUCAAUACCAAACAACAAAUUUCAACAAUUGAAUUUUUCCACACUCCUGGAAACUUGGAUUAAAAAAAUUUCAUUUUAAAAACCCACUAUUGGGAAUUUAUUUUCUGAAAUAUUAUUGUAUCCCUUAUAAUAUGCAAUACGCUAAUGAAAAUGUAUUCAAAAAUGCGUAAUAUGAAUUUGCAUGCCUGUUUGAAAAACAAGAGCAACUUAAUUCCCUGUAAUAGAUAUCUGAUCAAUAUAUAUCACACUGAUGAAUUUUGUGUGUUAAUAAUGUUCUUUUGAAAAACCACUAAUUAUCCUAAACUCAAUCAGUAUUUACAUCACA